AUGUUAUCCUCGUGGAAGGUUUGCUGUGCAAGAGUGCCGCAACGAUGGAUAGUACCGGUGAUGUUGUGUUUGGCAAUGACGGCCUUGUACACGAUGCGAAUUUCCUUGUCAAUCGCGAUCACGCAGAUGGUUGCCGCGGUGGAAUCAUCAUCGAAUGGUACCAGUUCAGACGAGACUUGCCCACCUCUGGAGUCAACAUCAUCGAGCACAAGCGCUAGUGGCACUUAUCAGUGGGACGAAUACACGCAGGGAAUCAUUCUGUCAAGUUUCUACUGGGGUUACCUGAUCAAUCAGAUCCCAGGAGGGAUAUUGGCGGACAAGUAUGGAGGAAAGACGGUCGCAGGACUGAGCGUUCUAACAUCAGCAAUACUGACCCUCUUAAUACCAGUGAUUGUCGAAGCCUUUGGCGCUACGGGGCUGAUAGUUAUUCGAUUCCUCGUGGGAUUGGGUUCAGCAUCUAUAGUCCCUGCGGUGGGUGUCCUGAUAUCUCGGUGGGCUCCGCCUCACGAGAGGUCAAAGAUGGACGCCUUGGCUUUGUCCGGAAUCCAAGUCGGAACUGUGAUCGGAAAUGCAUUAUCCGGGGUUUUGAUUAGUUACUCGUCAAUUGGAUGGCCGAUAGUAUUCUACGUUUAUGGAGGCCUCGGUAUGCUUUGGUACCCGAUCUGGAUGAUGCUUUGCUACAACAAUCCCGACGUCCAUCCAUUCAUAACCGAAACCGAGAAGGAAUACUUGCAGAUAUCUAUGAAAGAGCACAUGCGUCGAAAGCCUGGACCGAUUCCUUGGAAGUUCAUCCUGACAUCGGUUCCAGUGUGGGCUAUGUUGGCCGGGCGAGUGGGUUACUCCUGGGGAUUUCAUGUAAUGGUCACUGACUUGCCGAAGUACAUGAACAGCGUCCUCAAGUUUUCCAUCAAAGCUAACGGCUUCCUGACGGCUCUACCCUACCUCGUACUAUGGUUUGUAAACAUUGGUUCAUCCUGGGUAGCCGACUGGCUAAUAAAGAGCGGGAAAGUCUCACGUACAAACGUACGGAAAAUUUUCAUGACCAUCGCCUCGAUGAGCACAGCAGUCUUCAUAGUUGCGGCAUCCUACGCCGGUUGCAAUCGCGCACUUGUCAUUGUCUUUUUCACGAUCGGAGUCGGCUCCAUGGGACUCUUUUACCCCAGUGCGAUGGUAAAUUCACUUGACCUCGCCCCAAACUACUCUGGUACCGUGACUGCCGUGGGGGGCGUCAUGUUAUCUCUUGUCGCGAUUUUAGCACCUUACGUGGUCGGCGUAAUCACGCCUAACCAAACCUUGUCCGAGUGGAGAAUUGUAUUCUGGAUCACGUUCGUUGUCUACUUCGUUACUCUUCUGGUCGUCGACGUGUGGGCAGAUGGCGAGGUUCAACACUGGAACAAUCUGAAUCCCCAGAGCCGUCACCAGGAUGAGGUCAAAAACGAAACUCGAACCACCGACAAGGUGCCUUCGUCUACAUGA